AUGGUCACACAAGCCGUGGACCACCUGAAAAGCUGGUUCUCCGACGCCUUCUACGUACGGUCCGCUGGCAGGCUUUACGAGUCUGGAGCCCCGCUCAGGUGCAUGCACGCGAUCGGCUUCGUCAACAGGCUCGCGCCGCGGCGCCUCGUCAACGAGCCCUCUCUCCUCUCCCUGUCGACCGCCUUGUGCUGCACGCUACACAAGCAUAUCUUCGAGGGGUUCGCGCACGAGGACGGGACGCAGGAUACACUCGCGCUGGGUGACAUUGGCCUCUGCUUCGCUGCCCGGACGCGCAUGGCGGAGCAGUCGCUUAUCCUCGCGAUGCACAUCUUCAACCCGGACGUCGCGUACGAUUGCGAGGACCGGCCGCGGUGCGAGAGGGCGCUGCGCGCAAUCCUGUUGAGCGUGGAGGACCAGCCGGAGUCGUUCGCGUCCCCGGAUAACCACGCGUGCAAGUACUACGAACGCUGUGUCUCUAUGUCAGAGCCCACAAAGCGCAACAAACGUCGAAAAGCAGAUUCAGAUGCUACCCAAGACAAGGAUGGGCCCAUAGCGAUCAAGCGGGACGACGAAUUCUGGUUCGAGGACGGCAAUAUCGUUCUCAUUGCACGCGACAUCGAGUUUCGCGUCUACAAAGGGAUACUCGCCAAACAUUCCCCCCUCUUUCAAGAUAUGUUCUCUCUCCCCCCUCCCGCCACGCCGGAAUCGUCUCGGGACACGGCUGCGGCCGUCGAGACUUGCCCCGUGGUCCACCUCUCCGAUUCCCCAGAAGACUUUAGGCACGUUCUCCGCGCGCAUGCACCAAAAUCUAAUUACGCAUACGCCUCCAGUUACAGCGCCUUCGGAGUGCAUGACGGACUCUCCUGCAGACUGAUCUCGGGGGCCCUCGCGGUGGCCCGGAUUGCGCACAAGUACCAGAUGCACGACAUGCUCGCGCUCGCUGUCAAGUAUUUGAAGCAGGGCUUCCCAGACACCUUCUACCAGCAAGCCGCACAGCCGUUGAGAUGCAUAUCCAACCCCUACAGGGGCUCGAUAGCCAUCGGCGUCAUCAAUCUCGCCCGGCUGAUCGACGAGCCGUCCCUGCUCCCCACCGCGCUCUUCGUCUGCUGCGCGCUCACGUCCGCCGACCUGCUGAAGGGACUCGUGCACGAGGACGGCUCGGUUGAGCACCUGACGAUGGAGGACCUUGGGCGCUGCUUCGACGCGCGCGGAUCCCUCGCGGACAAGACCCUCGUUCUCGCCACCAACAUUUUCGCGCCCUCGGUCUCUGAGGGGUGCGCUGCUCCGGACAAGUGCCGGGGGGCGCUGGAAAGGAUGCUUUUGGAAGUGGGCGAGGAGCCAUCUUCGUUCACGGAUCCAGACCUGCACACCUCCUGGAUAGAAGCGUACGAAACUUCGUACGUGCUGCUGUGUUGCGAACGCUGCCAGAAGAUGCUGCGGGAGCGUGACAUGAGGGAACGGCGGUGGGUGUGGAGCCAGCUCCCUGAGAUUAUGGGGGUCCGGGUCGACAACUGGCCCGAAGACCAUUUCUACUAG